UAAUUUGAAAACGACACCGGUUUAUGGGAGCAAUUUUGUACGCCUAGGGUUUAGUUCUGCACCCUCGUUUCUUUCUUUUUACUUAUUUUGUUUUUCGUUGCGCCGUCUUCUAUCCGCCGCUCCCCGAAUCCAUCAGAGCUCGAGAUCUCUUCCGAUGGCGCCGAAAAAAGAUAAGGCUCCUCAACCGUCGUCCAAGCCGGCGAAAUCCGGUGGAGGCAAGCAGAAGAAGAAGAAGUGGAGCAAGGGGAAGCAAAAGGAGAAAGUAAACAAUAUGGUGUUGUUUGAUAAGGCAACCUACGACAAGCUUCUCACGGAGGCCCCAAAAUUUAAGCUUAUUACUCCUUCCAUUCUCUCCGAUCGUCUCAGGAUCAAUGGUUCACUCGCUAGAAAAGCAAUCCGGGAGCUUAUGGCAAGAGGCUUGAUCCGAAUGGUAUCAGCUCAUUCGAGUCAGCAGAUAUACACCCGGUCCACCAACACCUAGACGUUGUGCUUACGCUGAACUUUCAACAUGUUUGGUUUGGUACGAUUAGAACUUUGUCUGCUCUCAUAUGUUUAAUUUCGUCUGUGAAACUUUGAGGACAAAUCUUCAUCCAUCAGAAUUGGCUAUUGAUAUAUUUUCAUAAUUUGACCA